AUGGCUCCCAACCUUUUCCUCUGUCUGCGCACCCUCUGCUGCCCUAUCUACUGGUUCCAGCGUGGUGAUCGCAUCGAACCCGACCACAACCGCGAACAACAUUGGGACACUCCCGUCCCAGGAACAUACAAGUUCCUACCCGGCCAAGGCUGGCACCUUGUCCGUCGCGACGAAUGCGACCAAGACGAAAAAGUCCCGGCCGCCCUGGUCUACUGCCGCGUUCUGCACCGCUACAUGUUCGAGUCUGAGCUCGAACAACGCUCGCGCUUCUUCACUGCUCCCCUGCACAAGGGCGGUCGCCCCGAGAAGUUGCGCUUCUUCCUUCUUGAUGAUGGCGUUCAUUGGGUCGCUGGCUGGGAUGCCAAGGGCCGUUUUAUUCCCGGCCCGUAUCCUAAGUGGUGGCUGGAUGAGGACGGCGAGACUAUGCGUCGUGGCGUCUCGCCGCCGACCAGUGCCAAUGUCUCGCGCUGCAACAGUGUGAUUGCGGGCAAGUUUGAGUAA